AUGUUGACCACUGCAGCUCUUAUUCUCAUUGUCACCACUAAAGUUGUCCUAGGACAGGAUGACAGACUGGGUAUUAAAAGACAGAGAUAUCCAUUAAAUAUGGCACCGGAUUCAGUUGAUGACCAGUAUAAUGGCUGUAGAGGGAAAAUGGAAAAAUUGGUGAAGAAAUAUCUACCUGAAGAAAUCCGUGCUAACAUAUCAGACUUUGGAACAGUUUGGGAAAACAGUAAAAAAAAGAUCUCUGGACCAAAACACAAUCUGGAAAGAGAUCAUUUAAUUGCCAUUUCUGUGUAUACUGGUGUUAUUGUAUAUACAAAAUUCGAUGAGGAUGUUAGGACCGGUAAACAGAAAUACACAGACAAGACAUUCAAAUGGUAUUCGCUUCAUUUUUGGUUGACACAAGCAAUAGAGACUCUAAAGAGAACGCAACAGGGAUGCAAGAAAACUUUUCGUGGUACCAGUGUUACAUUUGAAGAUGUCAAUAACACAGAGAUUCGUUUUGGCUCAUUUGCGACCUCUUCUAUUGAUCGUAAUGUAACAACUAAUUUUGGAAAUGAAUCUUGUUUUGAAAUCGAGACUUGUCACGGUGUUGAUGUGUCAAAAUACUCCCAGUUUCCUAAUCAGAAAGAGGUGUUGAUUCCCCCAUAUGAGAAAUUUGAAAUCACUAAUAUCAGGAAAAAUCAGAAGGGUGACUGGUGUAAGACUGUGUUUGAGUUGAAGAGCACUGGUAUAAAAAGUAACUUAAACUGUGCAGUGGCAUCAGUCAAGCCCAAGAAAUAGCACAAUGUCAUUAUCUCUGACUGAUCAGCAUUUACAUAUUUUCAUUUCAAUUUAAGCAUGGCUUUUAUAAA